AUGGGGAACUGCUGUGGGGGCGGCGGGAAGGGCGGCGGUGCCGCGGAGGAGGUGUUCCGGCCGACGCCGGGCGGGGCAGUGUCAGCGGGGGCGCCGGCCGCGCGGCAGAGAAGACUGACAGAAAUGGACAGGGAGGCACAGGCGAAGGCUGCAGAGGCGGCGGAGGCUCGAGCCCAGCAGUUUCAGAAGACACCCGUUGGCAGGGCUGCCUACAAAGCUGUCAAAGAAGCAAAGAAGCAAGAGAGCAGGGAGAGCUCAAGCACAGCUGCACACGAUUGGCUUUCUUGA